CAUCGAUCGAUAUAAAAUAAAUUUUUUCUCUUCCCAGCUCAUUCAAUUAAUUUAGUACAUUUUUUUUAUUUGACGUGUCUUUGUGACGUUAAUCUCUACGAUUUCCUGUACAAAAAAAAACAUUAUUUUGUUUUGUUCAUCCAUUCAAUCGUUUGGUUGCUAUCUGUAUAAAAAUACUAGAAAGGACAUUUUUUCUUUGUUUUAGUUGAAUUAAAAUAUUUAAAAAUUAUUAACGUGCAAUAUGGCCGAUCAAAAAAUCAAGUGUGGACCCGUGGUGGAAAUGCAAGGCGAUGAAAUGACACGUAUCAUUUGGGAUCUAAUCAAAGAGAAAUUAAUCUUACCAUUUAUCGAUGUUGAACUUCAUUUCUAUGAUUUAAGUAUUGAAAAUCGUGAUAAAACUGACGAUCAAGUAACUAUCGAUGCCGCCAAUGCUAUACUCAAGUAUAAUGUAGGCGUGAAAUGUGCCACCAUUACACCUGAUGAGAAACGUGUGGAAGAAUUUAAUCUGAAAAAGAUGUGGAAAUCCCCUAACGGAACUAUUCGAAAUAUCCUUGGUGGUACCGUAUUUCGUGAGCCAAUCAUUUGUAAGAAUAUUCCUCGCUUGGUUACCAGUUGGAACAAACCGAUUGUGGUCGGUCGUCAUGCUUAUGGCGAUCAAUAUCGUGCCACUGAUUUUGUUGUCCCUGGUAAUGGCAAAUUGGAAAUCAAAUUUGUUCCAGCUGAUGGUUCGGCACCGAUUAGCCAUGAAGUUUUUGAAUUCAAAGAUGGUGGUGGAGUGUCCUUGUCCAUGUAUAACACUGAUAAAAGUAUUCGUGAUUUUGCCCAUGCUUCGUUGCAGUAUGCUCUUCAGCGAAAAUAUCCGCUUUAUUUGAGCACUAAGAAUACGAUUCUGAAAAAGUAUGAUGGCCGAUUCAAGGACAUUUUUCAACAAAUCUAUGAUCAACAAUAUAAGCCUCAAUAUGAAGCUGCUGGUAUUUGGUAUGAACAUCGACUCAUUGAUGAUAUGGUCGCUCAAGCUUUAAAAUCAGAAGGCGGAUUUGUAUGGGCUUGUAAAAAUUAUGAUGGAGAUGUUCAAAGUGAUUCCGUGGCUCAAGGUUAUGGAUCGUUGGGAAUGAUGACAUCGGUGUUGGUAUGUCCGGAUGGUAAAACUAUUGAAUCUGAAGCGGCUCAUGGCACGGUAACUCGCCAUUAUCGUAUGCAUCAAGAUGGUAAAGAAACAUCCACCAAUCCAAUUGCGUCUAUUUUCGCUUGGUCUCGUGGACUUUUGCAUCGAGCAAAAUUAGAUUCAAAUAAACCAUUAGCAGAUUUUGCCGAAAACCUUGAAAAAGUUUGUGUGGAAACUAUUGAAAGUGGUUUCAUGACUAAGGAUUUAGCACUCUGUGCUAAAGCUGGUAAUAUUACCCGUGGUGAUUACCUCAACACUUUCGAGUUUUUGGACAAACUUGCCAAUAAUUUACGAAUUAAGUUAGGAAAAAAUUAAAAUUUAACAAGUUUCCUUUUA